GAUGGCGCCUGCAUUCAUCGGCUAUAUAGCGAAGACGCGGUCGUAACAAUUGGGAAACGUCGCGUGUAUCUUACAGAACAAGCUGUUACCACUGUCGAAUGACGAUUCUUCGGAGCGCAAAGAUAUAGCAGAAAUAAUAGUGCAAUGCGUCACACAGAUUAUCACCACAUUUGACUUCGGCAUCCUUGUGGGUCUUUCCGAGUCUGAUCCUAAUCGAGCCCUGGGUUCUGUCGUGGAGCUUUUUAACCUGGGUUUUCUAUCUGGCUCCUCCAUGCAGACCAAAAUGAGUACAUGUACGCCAUACUUUGUCCUUUUAUCAAGCAUCUGCAUGCGCAUACAGUUCGAAUGGGCCUGCAAAUCACGUCCCCGCCAUUCUCCACCUUUUGUGCAGAGGUGACUAGUAUAUAUGCGCUAAAAAUAAUGAUCCCCAAACCCGACGAAGCCAUUUUACUCCAGUUGCCCAACAUAGGAUGUAGCCCUUGGUCCCAGUGCAUUCUUUGUACCAAUCUCCGAGAGUUUUUUAGUAACGGGAAGGCGGUUCAUGCUGUUACAGGGUCGCAUGCUGAGCGCGGGCAUGUGAAGAAAGAAUUGAAUGAGGUGCAUGCCAGGCAUUCUAGGGUUGCGUGGGAAACGGUUCAUGACAAUUACCAACUGACCUUACGGGGAGGCGUCUCGGUCUUUUUGGGGCGGCGAAUGCUGAGUGGACCUUACUUGCAGAUAACUAAACCCAAGACCAUGAGGGUUCAUGGCGCUUGGCUUGCACGGAGUCAAAAUGGCCAAAACCUUCUUGCCUCGAUUCCCAUCGAGGCCGUUCAAAGGCAGAUUAUGGGUGGUGAGUAUGACUGGAUCCGUGGUGUGAUUGUUGGUACUGCCAAUAUUGGAUCAACAACAACGCUGCCCAGCCCUCUCGCAAAUAUGACUAACAGCGGGAAUCUUGAAACGCCAACGGGACCUCCUGCCAAGAAAGCUACAUACAAUUAAUCUACGUUUCCGGCAUCGAUUUACCUCUAACAUGCCAGUGGUAUGUAUAUCUUAUGUAUUGUAUUGGUAUUGUACAUCCGUGUGCUCCUAAGUACUACUAACUAUUUAUUGUCCCUUUUACAAAGAUGAAGUUCGUGUUCCGAAAUAUUAGAGUCCGUGCCUCACAUGCAUAGAGAACCGACCGUCAA